AUGAACAAUGAAGACAGGUUGAAAGAAAAUGUGGAAGUAACAUUCCAAGAAUAUAUCCAAUGGGUAUUUGAAUAAAAUGAACACACUUAUAAAGAUGUUGGUAAUCUUUCAAUAUAACAAACUAACCUCGUUACAACUGCAAUAUAAGAACAUUAAAUUUUAGAUAUUACAUGGUUGUUUCGAAAAUGUCGCGAUGAGAUUAGUUUAAACAAAUAAAAUUAAGCAUUUAACAAUCUUUCACACAUAAUCAGACAUAUUUUUUUAUUUCUAUUACUAUUGGUUAAGAAAAAAUAAGAGUAAACAAAAUUAAACACUUUGAUGAAUUCUAUAGGCAUGAAAAAUGAAGAUACAAUUCUUGCAAUUUAUUUAGCUGAUCCUAAUUUAAGUAUCUUGAACUAAAAAUAUGCCCUUAAGUUAAUCCUACAAUAAGGAAACAAUUUACAAAAUAACUUUAGAAUGAUAUUUUAAAUAUGGUGUGAACUUAAAGAUGCUAAAGUAGAUGGUUUGAAAUUACCUGAAUCCGAUAAUUCAUUUUUAUAAGAGUUCCAAAGACUUCAUGCCUGCUUAAAUAUGGAUUCAGCGCUUUUGAUUACCGUAAAAAAUAAAGAGAAAAAAUAGCAAAAAGAAAGGGAGAUAUAAUUAGAAAAAUAAAUAAACGAAUAGAGAUUAUUUUAAAGUUCUUUAAGGAAAGAAAAAAUACAUUCUGUGAAAAUUAUGAAAAUUGAUUGCAAAAAAUCCUAUUCACUAUUUUUAUAACCAAAUGGAAAUAUGUAUUUAUCAUAAUUAUUAAUUAGAGUCAAAGGUAAAUUUUGGUUUCCUUAAAAUAGUCUUCAUCUUUGUCCUUUAUGGUUAAGUUUCAAUAAUGAAAUCUUUUCAUUUUGCAAUUUGAAUAACUUAAAUUCUGAUUUAAGAUUAUAUUGUGGCUUUAUAUCAUAUAAAGGCCCUGUGAAUGAUUACUUUGAGCCUCAUACGUAUGAUUUUGAUAAUGAAACAGAAGGAAUUAUGAAUACUUGUUCUGAAAAUAUCUUAUUUAAAGGAAGGUUUAAAAAUGGACUUUUUGAUGGAAAAAAUAAUAGAUUAUACCUUAACGAUCUGUUAUUUUAUUAUGGAGAAUUUAAAAAUGGAUAAAAACAUGGAGAAGGAUAUACUGUGGAAUAUUAUCCUUAACAUAUAUAUAUGAAAGGCUAAUAUGAGUCAAAUUUGAAACAAGGCCCCUUUAUUGAUUAUAAAGCCAAAGACUUGACAUAAAGAGAAAAAAUAUUCGAGAAAAAUGGAAGUAAAUUAGAAUAUUAUAAGAAUGGAAUCAAAUAUGACAAGGUUCCCACAGAUAUCUAACAAUAUUAUGCCAGUUAAAAUCCAAGUUGCAAUUUGUUAAAUUUUAAUGAAUAUGGAAUAAAUAAUUUUUAAUUAGCUUCUCUUCGACCAGGCGGGUGGAUAAACUCUAGUGUGAUUGACAUUUUGUUGAACUAAUUAAUCUCCUUGGUAAAUUAUUCAAACUUUACGCAACAAAAUAUACGUAUUCUUAAAACGAAAACAUAUUUUAUAAAUUGCAGUCAAUUUUAAGAUAUUUUUGGAAGCAUGGUUACUAAAGAUGAGAAGAUAAACCAUAAGUAUCAUAUUAUACUAUUAGUUUUCUAGAAUUUUCAAUUAGAUUUAUGAUUAAGGACAAAGUUAUCUAAUGAAAGAUAAUUAAACUGAAAAAAAUAUUGAUAAAGAUAUUCGAAUAGUAUUUUACUUUAACUUAGAUAGAAGUCAUUUUUUAUCAGCAGUUUAUGAAAGUUAAAAGUUAUAUUUAAUUGAUUCUUUAUAAGAUAAACGAAAAGCAGUUUUAUUUUAAAUGACUUAGUUCUUACAAUAACUUGGAUUGAAUGUUAAAGAAUAAUAUGAUAGUUGUAAGAUUAGUUAACAGCAGAAUUCUUAUGAUUGUGGAGCUUACACAAUAUAUUACGUAAGUUAGAUUAUAAAAAAUCAACAUUUAACGAUAUAAUAAAUGAUUGAAAAAAAAUACUUUGAAAUUGCAUAGUCAUAAAUAAAUUAUCUAAGAUAUUUAAUCUAUUAAAACUUGAUUGGAAAUGGGGCAUCAAUUAUGGAAUUGUGAG